CUUAAUUCUUAUAUGGUGAAUUUAAAUAAUUUUUAAAUGGAAAUAAAACGGAACUUCUAAGCCUCCUAUCACAAUUGCGAUGAGUUCGGUAAUUCAAAUUCCGUUUAAAAAGCCUAGAAUACCAGCAAUACAAAAUCGUCAGUUCGCUGCUAAGGUUCGGAAGCAACCGACCCCGCAGAUUGAAAAUACACAAGGACCAAUUAAGCGUUUGGCUGCUAAUGGGCAUCAAUUGGGACCAGCAUGUAAGAAGCGGUGCAUUAGACCAGUAACCGGUGACACUGAAGGGGUUGCAGUGCAGAAGUUGUGUCGCGGUAAGAAGUCUGAACCAGAAAUAAAAACUAACAAAGCCGGAGAAUCUUCUUUUACUGCAACAGCUAAGGAAACUGAAACUAAAGCAAUUGUGAAGAAGAAUCCCAUCAAAAAGCAGAAAGCUGCGGCCAUUAUCAAAAAGCAAAAACGGAAGCAAACUGGAACUGGAGAAUCUCCUUUUGCAGCAGUGACUAAGGAAACUGGCUCUGAAACAGCUGUCAAGAAAAACCGCAUCAAAAAGCCCAAAGCAGCAACGACUAAGGAAACUGAAGCAAUUGUGAAGAAGAAUCGUGUCAAAAAGCCCAAAGCUGCGGCCGUUAUCAAAAAGCAAAACAAUCGCGUACCAAAAAAGGCUCAAAAGGGAGCUGCGGUGAAAACUUCCAAGAUGCUGUAUGAAGCACUGGCUGACUUGUAUGUACCUACCGAGAAAGAUGGAGUUUCUAUGCAGAAUAUUGAGGCUUAUUUUCUUUAUUUCCAAGUUUCAUUAACUAAUCGUCGUCUUUAUGCUUUAAAGAAGUGCUUAAGUGAAGGUGUAAAAAACGGAGAAAUAAUUUAUACAAAAGGAAAGUACAAGCUUGCUUGAUGUAAGGUCUCACAGAAUAACGUUAUACUGUAAAUUGAUUCCGAGCACAGUUUCCCAAUUACCGAACAAAUGCAACAGACAAGACAUUGAAUGAUGAAAACUAUAUUUCAUAUUUUGUUGUAGGACUAUAUUAUAUUAAUAUACAAAAACUAUAU